UGAUUGGAUGCUGCAGAGGAAGGGGCAGGGGCGAAGGGAGGGGCUGGCUGUGAUUGGGUGGUGCAGAGGAAGGGGCGGGGCUAAGAGAGGCGGGGGGGUAUCUGUGGGGCAGGUGCAUCUGUGGGGCAGAUUAUCUGUGGGGCAGAGGUGUAUCUAUGGGGCAGGAGUAUGUAUGGGGGAGAAAUACCUAUGGGGUAGGUGUAUCUGUGGGGCAGGUGUAUCUAUGGGGCAGAUAAUCAGUGGGGCAGGUGUAUCUAUGGGGCAGGUGUAUCUAUGGGGCAGGUNCAGUGGGGCAGGUGUAUCUAUGGGGCAGGUGUAUCUAUGGGGCAGGUGUAUCUAUGGGGCAGGUUGUCAGUGGGGCAGGUGUAUCUAUGGGGCAGAUACCUGUGGGGUAGGUGUAUCUGGGGCUGAGUGUGGGGCAGAUACAUCUGUGGGGCAGAGAUGUAUCAGUGGGGCAGGUAUACUUAUGGGGCAGGUUAUCUAUGAGGCGGGUGUAUCUGUGGGGCAGAUUAUCUAUGGGGCAGGUUAUCAGUGGGGCAGGUUACCUAUGGGGCAGGUGUAUCUGCAGCAGGUGUAUCUAUGGGGCAGGUGUAUCUAUGGGGCAGGGGUAUCUAUAGGGCAGAGGUAUCUAUGGGGCAGGUUGUCAGUGGGGCAAGUGUAUCUAUGGGGCAGGUUAUCAGUGGGGCAGGUUACCUGUGGGGCAAGUGUAUCUGCAGCAGGUGCAUCUAUGGGGCAGAUAGUCAGUGGGGCAGGUGUAUCUGUGGGGCAGGUAUUCAGUGGGGCAGAGCGAUAUCUGUGGGGCAGAUGUAUCUACGGGACGGAUGUAUCUAUGGGGCAAUUUAUCUAUGGGGCAGAGAAUCAAUGGGGCAGGGGUAUUUACAAGGCAGGUGUGGGGGGGGGCAGAUAAGUGGGGCACGUGUAUCUAUGGGGCAGAGAGUCUGUGGGGCAGAGAAGCAGUGGGGCAGAUAUAUCUAUGGGGCAGAGGUAUGUAUGGAGCAGUUGUAUCUAUGGGGCAGGGGUACGUGUGGGGCAGAGAAGCAGUGGGGCAGGUGUAUCUAUGGGGCAGGUGUACAUGUGGGGCAGGUGUACAUGUGGGGCAGGGGUAUCUAUGGGGCAGGGGUAUCUGUGGGGCAGGUGUAUUUGUGGGGCAGAUGUACAUGUGGAGCUCUUACCUGUAUGGGGCAGGUGUAUCUAUGGGGCAGGGGUAUGUGUGGGGCAGGUGUACGUGUGGGGCAGGUGUAUCUAUGGGGCAGGUGUAUCUAUGGGGCAGGGGUAUGUAUUGGGCAGGUGUAUGUGUGGGGCAGGGGUAUCUAUGGGGCAGAUGUAUCUAUGGGGCAGGUGUAUCUAUGGAGCAGGUGUACCUAUGGGGCAGAGGUAUGUGUGGGGCAGGUGUACAUGUGGGGCAGGUGUAUGUAUGGGGCAGGUGUACGUGUGGGCAGAUGAUCUAUGGGGCAGGGGUAUCUAUGGGGUAGGUGUAUCUAUGGGGCAGGUGUACAUGUGGGGCAGGUGUAUCUAUGGGGCAGGUGUACAUGUGGGGCAGGUGUAUCUAUGGGGCAGAAGUAUGUGUGGGGCAAGGGUAUCUAUGGGGCAGGUGUAUCUAUGGGGCAGCUGUAUCUAUGGGGCAGGUGUACGUGUGGGGCAGGUGUAUCUAUGGGGCAAGUGUACGUGUGGGGCAGAGAAGCAGUGGGGCAGGUGUACAUGUGGGGCAGGGGUAUCUAUGGGGCAGGGGUAUCUAUGGGGCAGGUGUACAUGUGGGGCAGGGGUAUGUGUGGGGCAGAGAAGCAGUGGGGCAAGUGUAUCUAUGGGGCAGAUGUACCUAUGGGGCAGUUGUAUCUAUGGGGCAGGGGUACGUGUGGGGCAGAGAAGCAGUGGGGCAGGUGUACGUGUGGGGCAGGGGUAUCUAUGGGGCAGGUGUAUCUAUGGGGCAGGUGUAUCUAUGGGGCAGGUGUACGUGUGGGGCAGGUGUAUCUAUGGGGACAUGACCCCCAGUGUCACUUGUGGGGCGGGAUACGGCCCCCAGCAUCACUUGUGGGUCGCUAUGGGGAGGGACGUGCCCCCAAGUGCCACUUGUGGGGCAGGACAUAGCUCCCAACGGCACUUGUGGGUCGCUAUGGGGCAGUGA